AUGACUUCACCUUUGGAUCAGCUCGUCAAGGGCGCCCCAGUGUCGAAUGUCCGCGCCGCCACGCCGGAGCCGUUGAAUCCCACCGCAUCAUCAACCACUUUGGACUCGUCCCCCCUACCGUCAUCCACCCCCGACCCUUUCGCCGCUCUGCCCUCGUCUCCACCUCAGAUCUACCUGAACCUACUGAUUCUAGAAGCCUCGUUGCGUGCGCAGUACCUCGCCUUGCGCGAACGUCGCCGCCAAAACACCUUCUUCCUGUUGGUCCUGGCCGCAUGGAUUGCGUACUUUGCAUAUGCUCUGUUUCUGCGCCCGCGUGAGGAUGGACAAGGAGUGGGGGGCUCGGUCUACUGGGUCAUCGAGAUGGGAGAAAAAGUCGCUCUGCUGGGCGGGGUCGUGACUGCGCUGCUCGUCUGGGGGACGGGGCAGUGGGAACGCGGCAUUCGCUGGCCGCGUCGGUGGCUGGCCGUUGCAAAUCGCGGCCUGCGUGUGAUGAAUACCAAGAUCAUCGUCAUCCGUGGGCCCUGGUGGCAUGAGCUCCUAUCCUACGUCUCCUUUCUUUUCCCCUUUUCUGCGCCCUUUUUCCCCUCGCCGGCCGGCAAUUUCCACUUCGUGGAGCGUCAUCCGUCCGAGAAACACCGGAGUCGGCAGCAGUACCAGCAAUACUAUAACGGUGGAGACAGCGAGUCGGGUCUCAUCGAGGAAGACCUCAGCGCCGGGGGGGACUAUGUCCGUCUGCUCCUUCUUCCCAAGUCCUUCUCGCCGGAAUUCCGCGAAAACUGGGAGGACUAUCGCACCGAGUUUUGGGAGCGAGAGAAUGAGCGCCGAGCCCAGCUGCGGCACAAAUUGCGCGAGCGCGAGCGCCACCUCGCGCAGGCAGAAGGAGGAUGGCUCUGGCGCUUGGGUUUAGGCUGGCGUGCCUCGCAACGUCGCCGCCUGGUUUCGGCCACCCUCCACAAGCCCCUCGACUCGGAUCACCGCCCACGGCCCAGCCCUCACCACCACCACCACCAUCAGUCGUCAUCCGUGUCGUCAAAGCUUAUACAGGAGCAUCGCACCUCUUCGGUUCGGCGCGGUACCCGAUCCGAAUCCACCCAUUCGCGGGGUUCCUCGCGCAGCUCGACCCCCGUGGAUCUCGAGGACCGUCCCCCCUCGCGCUCCUCUGCUGCGGGACGUCCGCGACGGGGGAGCACUACCCCAUCUCUCACUAGUCCCGAAGCCACGCCGCAGCAACGGAAGCGCAAGGGAUCCAAGUCGCUUCGUCGAGGACUCUCUCCGUUAACCCAAGCUCAGGUUCGCGAAGGGGUCCGUCUGCCAUCUUUUUCGUCCGACGACUCGGCUGCCACGCCCAUGAGUGAGAAGGAUACUGAGCUAUUCCCGGCCGCUGUACCUAAUACCAGCCCAUAA